AGUAUUACUUAUUCAAAUGAAUCAUUACAAUAUUGCCUUAUUUCUCUCGCCACGUUUUCAUACAUAAAUAACACGAAUUACUUCAUAACACCAUGUGCAAAGUCAUUGCCAAUUUAAUUUCAUUACUAACUGUUUUAGUUUUUGUCAUAGCCGCGGUAAUCAUAGCAAUAAUUUUUGCGCCAAAAGACGUUCCACCACCAUAUCUGGCAAACGUUAAACCAGCUGCGCUUGUGGAAAAAUUCGUCUGCAAAUCAACCGGAUUUGAGAAAAAAAUUGAAGACAUAUUAACGAAAAUGAGUGAAGACUACAAAGAAAAAAAUGUGAUUGUUUUUGGAGAAACUGGGGUUGGAAAAAGUUCCUUAAUCAACAUGAUCAUGAACGCGAACGUCGCCCAGGUAUCCGAUCGAGCUGUCGGUGUAACAUUUGAAUACCAGAAAUAUUCCUUUCUGAAUUUGAAUAUCUACGAUACAAUCGGUCUGGGUGAACCAGAUGGCGGCACGGUCAACAAAAAGAAAGCCAUAUCAGAGCUUCUCAAGUUGAUGACAAAGCUAAAAAAGAGUAGCGGGAUCAAUCUUAUAAUUCUGGUCAUGAAAAAGGGGAGAAUAAACGACAUACUCAAAUCCAAUUAUAAAUUGAUUGUGGAAAUUAUGACAGACUUUAAAGUUCCCGUCGUUUUGGUUGUUACUCACGCAAAGGAUGAGAAAGUCAGGAAUAAAUGGAUCCAAAAUAACCAACAAUAUUUCCGUGCAAAUAAUCUUAUCUUUGUCGCUGAAACUACGGUUUGUGGGACGCCAAUACACGGCUUAUCAGACGAAAUGCAAUGCUACUUUAAAAAUUGUUUGCUUGAGUCACGGUUCGACGUGUUGCGACUUAUCCAGGAUAAGUCGUUAAAACAACCGUACCGAAUUCCAGAAUUGAAUUUUUUGAAACUAAUUUGCGCCAUGUUUAACUUUGUGUUGGACUAUUUUGGAUUUCCUAUCCCGUUAUGGACAGAGCUAUCAGAUUUCCUACAAGAGCACGGUUUUGAUCCGCUUGAAGCUAUUAGACGGGUUAAUGCAAUGUUUCAUUAAUUAAUUAAUCACUCCAAUUUGUACGAUAAUAUGUAUGUACGCAAUCAUUUAAUUAAAUUUGUACAUGGUAUUUGUUGAAAGUGAUGG